AUGGAGGAGGAGGAGGAGACGAGAGAUGACAGUAAGAUCGAGAGGGGCCACUCUAUUAAUCUGUAUAUGGUGCCAGCGGUUGUUGUAGAGGCGAGGAGCACUCAGGGGACUGGUGAGACAGAUGCAGCGGUGUCAGGAACCAAGGAUGCAAGCGCCGAGAAGGUAGAGCAAUCCGGUGGUGUUGGUCAGAAGUUGCAAGAGUGA